GUACGGUCUUUUCAUUGAUAAAAUUAUAUGUAUAUAGUGAUUGUACAAUGAAAUAAAAUUUAAAUUAUAAAUGUAAUUUAUUACUGUUUCAUUACGAGAAGUAAUUUUUAUAUGCAAGCAAGUGUAAAAUCUAUCGAACGUGAGUUAAAAUACUCAUUACGCAGCGAAGAAUUAUAGUGGCAAACUAACCUUAAUGAAAGGACCGGCAAAUACUAAAAUUUUGCAAACGAACUACAUUACUACAACCGAAAACUAAAGAAUAUUACUUAAACAUGGAUACCUCAUUUGUUAGAAAUAUCAAGGACUUUCAACUUCUGUAUAAUCAAAUUUCUGAAACAUGUUUUAAAACCUGUGUGAGUACAUUUAUUUCAAGGGAUGUCUCUAUUGAUGAGGAUCAAUGUAUAGAAAAUUGUUCAGGCAAACACAUUAAUGCUAAUCAUAAAAUAAUGGAAAUAUUUAUGGAAGUACAGCCUCUCAUUAUUCGUAAAAAUGUGGAAGAAUUUCAGAAAUCUCAAGCAAAUCUAGAGACACAAGUGCAAAACGAACAAAGUGUUGAAAAUAAAACAUAGUUUGACAAAUCUAAUUAA